CGCCUUGGGAAAGAAGCAGAAGAACCAGUAGUACUCCCUAAUUAAAAAGAAUAAAUAAAAAGGAAUGUCAUCUUGGUUCUCGCUUCCCACCCCUUUUAAAUCCCCCGACGACGAUGAGAACCCCUCCGCACCGGAUCCGAGCCUGCCCGCCCUCUUCCGCGGCGUCGCUUCCUUCCUUGCACCGCCUCCGGCGGGCUCUCCCUCCGCCGGUGGCGGCGACGGCCUUUCCGCGUCAGAGAGCUCGCAAGCAAUUUCCGGAAUCAGGAGUGAUUUGGCCGAGAUUGGAGACAGCUUCAAAUCGAGCCUCUCCUUGUUGUCCUCCAGCAAGGCUGUUUCUGAGAUAUCGAAGCUUGCCUCCAAUUUCUUGAAUUUCAAGGACGAUGAAGUGAAAGAGGAGCUCGAGGAGGAGGAGGAGGAAGAAGAAGAAGAGGAGGAUAUGAUUGGAAUUACCGAUGAAGUGGUUGACUUUGUGAGAACUAUUUCCGAGCGACCCCAGCUCUGGACUGAUUUCCCUAUCAGCUUACCUGAUGACUUUCAUAUCUCUGAUAACCAAAAAGAGCAUGUUGAAACUAUUGAGCAAUUGGUGCCAAGUCUUGGAGCCUUAAAGCAAAAUCUCUCCAACCAUUUAAAAGAUGAGCAGUUUUGGAUGAUUUAUUUUAUACUAUUGCUUCCUCGGUUGGACGACAAUGAUUUGGAGAUCCUUUCAAGUCCUGAGACGUGGACACGACACCGGUCCGGUUUCGGAACUGCUGGUUCCCGGUACUGUAUGGGUGGCAGUGUGGCACCGGUGGCCGGAAGUCUCAGUUCAGUUCAAUUCUCGGGCAGUUCUCUGGCCGGUACACACACUCUUCCAGACCCCACUGCUGUGGGAUUUGGCUGAGUUUGUUGUUGUUGAUGUGAUUAAAUCCAACUCUGCCAGGGAAGGUUUCCCUGGAGGAAAGUGAUCAAAGUGCAUCAGACUCAACUCAUUGAUGGAACAUACUCUUGCAACACGAUGAUCAACAUGGUUACCCCCUUGUUUGACAUGACUUUCAAUCAAAACGUUGAAAGAAGAAACCAACCUAUGAAUAUUUUUAAGAAACACAAAUAAAGGAUUGAGAAAAGAAUGGCAACUAUGCAAAGAAGCAAUAACAUUUAAAAUAUAAUGACUCAGUUAUA